AUGCAAUGCUAUACAGAGAUUCUGCCUCCUUCGGGAGUUUCACACGCCGUCUCAGCCCGGUUCACCUCGGCGGCCGCUAAUAAUUUAAUAGUCGUCAAGACAUCUCUUCUCCAGAUAUUUGAUCUGACCACUGAAACUAAUUCAGACGGUGCUAAGCCAUCGGCUGAAAAUGGAACGCCAAAGCUGGACUUGCUAGCCGAGUAUGAACUCUACGGGACCGUGGUCGACAUUGCCCCAGUCAAAAUACUCAAUUCCAGAAGUGGAGGAGAAGCUCUUUUGUUGGCUUUCCGGAAUGCGAAGCUUAGUUUGAUUGAAUGGAACCCUCAAACACACGGGAUAGUGACUGUUUCAAUCCAUUACUAUGAAAAAGAGGACAUCAACCAGAGCCCGUGGGUGGCCGACUUGGGCGACUGUGGCAGUCAUCUCACUGUUGAUCCAGGUAGCCGGUGUGCUUUGUUGAACUUUGGGAUACGGAACCUUGCGGUUGUUCCAUUCCACCAAGCGGGUGAUGACCUAGUCAUGGACGACUAUGACCCAGACCUGGAUGGUGGCCUUGACAAGGAGAUGCAGGACGUCUCACCCUCAGAAAGCAAGACAGAGAAGCAGAACACCCUGACUUACCAAACUCCCUAUUCGGCCUCCUUUGUUUUGCCCUUGACUGCACUGGAUCCCGCAUUGCUCCAUCCGAUUAGUCUCACAUUCCUGCACGAGUACAGAGAGCCUACUUUUGGUAUUCUAUACUCCCAGGUAGCAACAUCGGCAGCUCUAUUUCACGAACGCAAGGAUGUCGUCGUGUAUUCUGUAUUCACGCUAGAUCUAGAACAACGAGCAUCCACAUCUCUCCUGUCUGUCACCAAGCUGCCCAGCGACCUAUUCUCCGUAGUGGCUCUUCCACCACCCGUUGGUGGUGCCCUGCUCAUUGGCUCGAACGAGUUGAUUCAUGUCGACCAAUCCGGAAAGUCCAAUGCCGUUGGCGUCAAUGAAUUUGCAAAGCAAAUCUCAGCAUACCCCAUGGCUGAUCAAUCUGAUUUGGCUCUCCGUCUGGAAGGCUGCAUAGUGGAAGUUCUCGACAGUCGAUCGGGCGAUAUGCUGCUUGUCCUGUCGACUGGUGAACUAGCUUUGCUCCAUUUUCGAUUGGAUGGAAGAUCAGUCUCCGGGCUUACGGUGCGCCUUGUACCCAGGUCGGAAGUUGGAAACGAGGUUAUGAAUGCUACCGCUUCAUCUUCUGCUGUCCUGAGUCCCGGGAGGAUAUUUAUCGGAAGUGAAGACGCUGACUCGGUUCUUGUUGACUAUCACAAUGCAUCUUUCGCCUCUAAAAAAGGCCAAGAACACGAUGUUGAUGGAUUAUAUGGGAACUCGGAGGAUAAUAACGACGACGACAACGACGACAUUUAUGAAGACGAUCUGUACUCCUCGGCUCCAAAGGAUACCUCAAAUACACGCCCUUUGAAUGGUUCUUCCACAGGAGGCUAUUCAUUUGAAGUUGUGGAUAGAUUAGCCAGUAUUGGCCCCAUACGGUCGGUCGAUCUAGGAAAGUCAUCUGAUCGAAAUAUCCCUUCUGGGGAUGUAUCAACGCGUGCUUCGGGUAUCCUAGAGCUUGCUGCCGCUUACGGAUUAGGCGAAAACGGUGGCGUUGCGAUAUUACAACGCGAGCUUGACUUUAAAGUUGUGUCUAGUUUUGAGAGCGAAAGCAUCGAUUAUGUCUGGACGGCCACUGUUAAUACCACAGAGUCGAAGAACUCAGGCGAAACGUCACCAGCCAAGACGUACGCUCUGGUGGCACGAUCGAAACCAACCGGGAACGAAGAGUUGCUUGUUUAUAAUGUCAAUGACGGGGGCUUCGAGCAACUGAAUGCUCCGGAUGUCAACCCUAACGAAGACUAUACCAUCGAAAUUGGCACUCUCUCGGAUAAUAGCCGCGUGGUACAGGUGCUAAGGGGCGAAGUGAGAAGUUAUGAUGCUGAUCUCGGACUUGCCCAAAUCUACCCUGUAUGGGAUGAAGAUGAGGGCGAUGAGCGCUUUGCAGUGAGCGCCAGCUUUGCAGAUCCAUAUCUGCUCAUUUUCAGGGAUGAUUCGUCAUUGUUACUUCUUCAGUCAGACGAGAGCGGUGAUUUGGAUUUGUUGAGUGACAAUGAAGCUCUUUCAUCUCAGACCUGGCUGUGUGGGUGUCUAUAUACGGAUAAAAAUGGCGUUUUCGCUGGAAACACUGAAAAAAUAACUUAUUUGUUUUUGUUGAGCGUCGAAGGAAAAUUAUUCGUGUUUCGGCUUCCCGAUAUGAAACUCAUAUCUGCGGUUGAGGAUGUUGACUUUUUCCCUUUGAUUCUCUCAAAUGAGCCAUCUACUAAAAGACAGACUUCUCGAGGGAAAAUCACGGAGCUUUUGGUGGCUGACCUUGGAGAAUUGCCAUGGACGUCGCCAUAUUUAAUUUUACGAACUGACACCGAUGAUCUCAUUAUGUACAAACCAUACCGAAACAACGGCUCGGAAGAUGAAAAAGAACGUAGCUUGAAAUAUAUCAAGCAAACCAAUCACGCCCUCCCUCGAGGAUCCUCCGAAUUUGACGGUCAGCAACGAGCAAUGACUCUUCGGCGGUUGUCCGACGUUGGCGGACUCGCUACAGUCUUUAUGCCAGGAUUAUCUCCAAGCUUCAUCGUGCGGACGACAAAAUGUUCACCUCACGUUCUCAAUGUCCGCAGUGAAUUUGUUUGCGGCCUGGGCGCUUUAAGCACCAGUGGAUGCGAAAACGGGCUAAUCUAUGUGGAUGAUCAGAAUGUCGUGCGAAGUUGCCAGUUGCCGGAUGGUAUCAAACUCGACAUCCCCUGGCCGCUUCGCAGAAUCCCCUUAGGCGAACAGGUCGACCAUUUGACUUAUUCUUCGGCUUCAGGAACAUAUGUGUUGGCAACAAGCCGUGAAGAAAGCUUUAAGCUGCCCGAUGACGACGAACUUCAUCCCGAGUGGCGCAAUGAAGCAACGUCUUUUCUCCCGCAGGUUGUCCAAGGAUCGAUCAAAUUGCUCCACCCAAAGUCUUGGAGUAUCAUUGACAGCUAUGGAUUCGGUGUAUCCGAGCACAUUACUGCUUUAGAGAACAUCAACAUGGAAAUCUCAGAACAGACCCAUGAGCGCAAGGACGUGAUUGUAGUCGGAACCACAUUUGCCAAGGGCGAAGACAUUGCAUCUCGAGGAAACAUUUACGUUUUCGACGUCAUCGACGUUGUCCCGGACCCAGAACGACCAGAAACAAACCUUCAGUUGAAGCUAAUCGGAAAGGAGUCUAUCAAAGGAACCAUCACGGCGCUGUCGGGAAUCGGAGGGCAAGGCUUUUUGAUCGCGUCUCAGGGACAAAAGUGUAUGGUGCGAGGACUAAAGGAUGACGGGAGUCUUCUCCCUGUUGCAUUUAUUGAUGUGCAAUGCUAUGUGAGCGUUAUCAAGGAGCUGAAGGGGACUGGGAUGUGCCUGAUCGGAGACGCGCUCAAAGGUUUAUGGUUCGCGGGCUACUCGGAAGAGCCCUAUAAGAUGGCUUUAUUCGGCAAGGACGUGGACGAAUUGGAAGUUGUGACGGCCGAGUUUUUGCCUCAUGGCAAGAAGCUCUAUAUUCUUGUUGCAGACAGCGACUGCAAUCUCCAUGUUCUCCAGUAUGAUCCGGAAGACCCAAAAUCAUCGAAUGGCGACCGGCUCUUGAAUCGGUGCAAGUUCCACAUGGGUCAUUUCGCCCAAACGCUUACCCUGCUACCCCGUACACUACCCUCUCCCGAGUCAGCAGACGUAGAGCCGGAUGAGAUGGACGUGGAUGGCGACGUGCCGCUGCAUCAAGCCAUACUUACCACACAGACAGGCUCACUAGCUCUAGUGACGAGUCUGUCCGAAGACUCGUAUCGGCGUCUCUCAGCAUUGCAAUCCCAAUUGAGCAAUACACUCGAGCACCCUUGCGGCCUGAACCCUCGCGCAUACCGAGCUGUCGAGAGCGAUGGGAUUGGAGGACGAGGCAUGAUUGACGGCAAGUUGCUCAUGCGAUGGCUGGAAUUGAGUCGGACACGGCAGUUGGAGAUUGCCGGCCGAGUGGGUGCCGAUGAAUGGGAGAUUCGCUCAGAUUUGGAGAGUGUUAGUGAUGCUGGAUUGGGGUAUUUAUAG